AUGUCUGUGUGCCGGGACCUGCGACUGUAUCUCCGGGUCCUGAAUUCCCUCGGCAUGAUGUGCUGGCAAUUCGAGAGGGAACAAUGUCUGCUCCAAGCCACACCCGAACGGGAACGCUAUGCUCUGGUCUACGCUGUAGUGAUUCUCUCGGCCACAACGGGUGCCUUUACCUAUGCGCAUGUGCAGCCCCAACGAUUUCACUUAAAGAUUUACAAUCGCACGGGCAACUUUUACGAGACGGUCAUCUUUCGCAGCUCCUGCUUAGUCCUGUGGCUGCUCUAUGUGUGCCUCUAUCUCAGGCGUCAUCGGCACAUGGCGUUGGUGCAGUCUCUCCUGACAAUCAAUCGGAAAUGUGUGAUCGGCAGUGCGGAUCGGCAGUUUCUCAACAACUUUAUCCUCUACGCCGCUCUGUCAGUCAUCAGCUUUGGGAAUUACAUCAAUGGUUAUAGCCGUUCCGCGACGGAUUCAAUUGCUCUCGUAUUGAGUGUUGUGGUCUACACGUAUGCCUUCCUGGUUCUCUGUUUGCUGCUCGUGUUUUUUGUGUGCCUCAAGCAGAUCAUGGCAGCAGGUUUGACGCACUACAACGCGGAGUUGUGCCAUGUAAUAAAGGAGAUUCCCUCGUACCGUAGCAGACAGCAGAUUUCUUCGCUAAAUGGCAGACAGGAGAUUCUGGCAUUGUACGAGGGCGAACUCAACGAAUGCUUCGGCCUGCUCAUGCUGCCCAUUGUGGCGCUGGUGCUGCUCAUCUCACCCUCGGGUCCAUUUUACCUUAUAAGCACUGUACUGGAGGGCAAAUGUGGCCCAGAACAAUAUAUUCUGAUGUCUGUGACAUCAGUUUUCUGGGAUGUACCCUGGAUGAUAAUGUUAGUGCUAAUGUUGCGCACAAAUGGCAUAACAGUGGAAGCAAACAAAACGGCAAAGAUAUUGGCAAAGGUGCCAAGAACUGGCACAGGAUUGGAUCGAAUGAUUGAAAAGUUUUUACUCAAGAACCUACGACAGCAGCCAAUUCUAACAGCCUAUGGAUUCUUUGCGCUAGAUAAGAGCACUUUGUUCAAGCUCUUCACGGCUAUCUUCACGUACAUGGUCAUACUGGUGCAGUUCAAGGAAAUGGAAAACUCUACAAAGUCCAUCAAUAAAUUUUGAUAACUUACCGAAUCAUAGGUUAAGCAUCCCGUUGCUUUUGAUCUAUAGUUUUUGCGCCAUUUUCUGUAUUCAGCUUUGAUAACAGCUGAAUGACGUUUCCAGUAUUUGCCUUCAAGCACAACGGUCUGUUGUUGUUUUUUUCGGGGUACAUAUAGAAAGACAGA